AUGUCUAUAGAUGAUGAUGCAUUAGUAUGGAUUGAUUUAGAAAUGGAUGGAUUAGAUUUAAGCAAAAAUUUUAUCUUAGAAAUUGCUUGUAUUGUUACCGAUUUUGAUUUACAAAAUAGCUAUAAAGGACCUGAUCUUGUAAUUCAUCAUCCAAAAUCAUUACUUGAUGCAAUGGGUCCAUGGUGUAUGGAACAUCAUACAAAUUCAGGUCUUGUACAACAAGUCUUAGAUAGUAAAUUAUCAAUGUUUGAUGCUGAAAGUGAAAUUAUCAAUUUCAUUGAACAAAUAACUUCAUUUUCAACAAAUAAAAAAUGUCUUAUUCUUGCUGGUAAUUCUGUUUAUGUUGAUCGAUAUUUUCUUGAAAAAGAUAUGCCACGUUUAAAUUCUUUACUUAAUCGAUCAAUUCUUGAUUGUAGUACAUUAAAAGAAUUAAUUCGUCGUUUUAAUUAUGAUAUUUAUUUAAAUGCACCAAUCAAAGGUGGAAAUCUUCAUCGUGCAUUAGAUGAUAUUUAUAAUAGUAUAGAAGAAUUAAGAUAUUAUCAAAAAACAGCUUUUAAACAAAAUCCAAUAAUUAAACAAUAUGAAUUAUUUUUAAAUAAUGAUAUUACAAAAUAUCUUAUAUGGAUUAAUAUUAAUUCACCAUCAAUCAUACAUUGUAUUUUAACUGAUAGUAAUCUUAAUAUAAUUGAUGAAAUUAUUGAUGGAAAAACUGAUGAUGAUUUAAUGAAGAUUUUUUCACGAAAUGAAAUUUAUCAAGAAAAACUUAUUGUUGUAGCUGGCAAAUUUUUAGGUCCAAUUCGAGCUCAAUUAAAAAAAUUAGCUCCACAAUUUAAUGAAUUUUGUCAUUAUCGAUCAAUUGAUAUUGAUGUUGUAUCGAUUCUAUGUGAAAAAUGGUUUCCAAAUAUUUAUGAACAACGACCUGUCAAGGAUAAUGAUGAUAAUAAUUUAAAAAAUUCAAUUGAACUUCUUCGUUUUUAUCGUUCGACUAUAUUUAAAUAG